UCUGCGGAAGUGGAGGCAUCGAAUACCCCUGAACUCCAUUCUCCACUCUUCUAUCAAGCUCAUUGGUGACCACCCUAUUGCCUGUCUCAUCUAAACUUCCCCUUGUGGGGGACUUCAUAGGCCUUGGGUGGAGAGACAAGAAUCAUGCUCCUCCUCUAUCUCUCUGCACUGAUCCUCUUCAUAAGCCCACUGGCUGCUCAAGAUGAAGUGACAACACCCUCCAAAGAAAAAGAAAGCUCAGGGGCUUGUACCCUCAUCGUGUGUGAACCUGGAGAAAGAGGAUUGCCUGGAAGAGAUGGAAUAGAUGGCAAACAAGGUCCCAAGGGAGAAAAGGGAGAUCCAGGAGCAGCAGGAGAACCAGAUAAAGAAUAUUCCUCAGGCCCGAUUGGCCCCUCAGACCUGGAAGGAGAAAAUGGAGAACCAGGAGCAGGACUUCCUGGACCUGCUGGGCCACAUAGAAUACCUGAUUUUCCAGACCCCCAAGAGCCAAGUGGUCCAUCUGGGCCACGGGUUGAUAUACCAUUACCUGGGGAGAAAGGAAAAUGUUGUUGCGCAGGAGCAGCAGGAGAACCAAAUAAAGAUUGUUCCUCAGGCCCAAUUGGCCCCCCAGACUCCGAGGGAGAAAAUGGAGAACCAGGAGCAGGACUUCCUGGACCUGCUGGGCCACAUAGAAUACCUGAUUUUCCAGACCCCCAAGAGCCAAGUGGUCCAUCUGGGCCAAGGGUUGAUAUACCAUUACCUGGGGAGAAAGGAAAAUGUUGUUGCGCAGGAGCAGCAGGAGAACCAGAUAAAGAAUGUUCUUCAGGCCCGAUUGGCCCCCCAGACCCCGAGGGAGAAAAUGGAGAACCAGGAGGAGGACCUCCUGGACCUGCUGGGCCACCUGGAAUACCUGAUUAUCCAGACUUCCUAGAGCCAAGGGAUCUGUCUUGGCCAAAAGAAUCUCCCAAUGAGUUGGAGCAACAAGUGCCUGAACUGCACAAACAAGUUGAGAACCUCCAAAAAAGGUUUUCCAAACAACAGAAAGUCUAUCUCAAUGGUCAAGCACAUGGGAAGAAGAUAUAUAAGACCACUGGCACAGAACACAACUUUGACGAUGCAGCGGAAAUAUGUGACAAAGCCGAUGCCAUAGUAGCCCCCCCAAAAAACAAGGCAUAGAAUCAAGCUAUACAGGACAUCCUCUCAAGAUACAAGAAGUCAGCCUUCCUUUGCAUGACUGACAGAAAGAGUGAUGGCAAAUUCGUCUAUCGAACAGGAGAACCACUGGUCUAUUCCAACUGGAGGUCUGGAGAACCUAAUAAUAAGGGUGGUGGAGAGAACUGCAUUGAGAUGUCUCCUAGUGGCAAAUGAAAUGACAUGCCAUGUCAGGAAUCAUUUCUCACUAUUUGUGAAUUUGAAGUCUAGGUGGUUUGGGUAGUGUGUACUAGGGAGAUGUGUUGCUAUGGGUUAGGGGUGGGGAAGAGGCAUGCCAGGGGAUGACAGAUGAUCAUCAGGUGGAGGGCCAUUGUACCACUCAUAACUAAUAAAUAAAAAUAUCAAUGCUCUGCACUAUCUGCUGCUUCUCUAAGCAUGACACCUGUUAAUUCCCCUAGGGCCUGAGAUGGGAAAAGGGAGAUGGUGUGGUCAAUACCCAACCUUGGGUUCUAUCUGCCUUCCUAAAAGUCUUCAAGCUGAGCCCUACCUUUUCUUCUUGGUAGACAUUCAUUAAAUGCUAUGUAGAGGAGCAGAUAGGUUAUUCCGUGGUUAAAAUAGCUUGUGAACUUUAGAUUACUCCACCCUACUUAGUCCAACAAAAAUCAGGAAUGUCUACACCCGUACAUAAGGAUUAAAUAUUUAGGAGGAUGGCCUAUGACAGACGUGUGCUAGCAAAUGACAAAUCAGAAACACCUGGCAGACCCCUGGGCUGUCCUAAGUCAAGCCUAAGAUAUCUUUGGAACAUGUGAGAUUCAGGAAAGUGAUGAAAAACCAUCUAUACAUUUUGCAUCACUUCCUCUCUCCGGCCUCAUUGACGGCAGAGAGGUGGCUGGUGGCAGCUUACUGAGUGUCGGCCUCUUGGUGUGGCAGCUGCUAUUGUCCGGGUUUAGCAGUGAGUUUUCCUUGAUACCAUACUGGAAGAAGCCUAGUAACCUAGUUAGAUGAGGCUCUUCUCUGAGAUCUUUUGGAGUUUAGGUUGAUUUUUCUCUCCUUUAUCUUCCAAACACUAUCAUCUUAGAGAAAGACUCUAAUCUUCAAGGACCUUGUGGUGGAGGUCUUUGAACUUUCCUGGCACAGGCUGGGUGGGAGAAAUCCUAUACCUUUUCCCUCUCUCUUCUCCUUGAUUUCUUCCCCACAUAUUGAUUAAACCAACAUGUAUUUCCAAACUGACUUUGGUAUUAUAUUUGGGAUAUCCCCUGGUGACCAAAAAUCAAAUUUAGAUUAGGUAACAACCCUAAAUUAUGCUUAAAAGCUGGCCUGGAGUCAGGAGGACUUGGGUUUAAAUUUGGCUUUAGACAUUUCCUAGUUGUGUGACCCUGGGUAAAUCACUUAACCUUGAUUGCCUAUCCCUUGCCACUCUUUUUUCUUAGAAUUGAUCCUAAGGAAAAAAAAGGUAAAGCUUUAAAAAGAAAUGGUAUAUAUGUGGAGAUGACUGUGCCAUACUCUGCACUUUAAAAAGUUACAUGAUCUAUUUAAUCCAGAUUGAUUAUCUGGAUCCUAUCUGGAUCAUUAUCUGUAGCAGCAGCAGCAGCAGCAGCUCUCAAAUAGGAAGAAGGAAGGGAGACAAUUUAGAUCAUAUAACUUCAGAAAAUACAUGUGGGGAUUUGUUAUUAAAAUAAAAAAAUUAAGCAACAUGAUUUUACAUUCCUGGAACUUACAGUGGAAUAUUAAGAAAAUUAAAUUCUUCUGUUCUGAGAUAUGUUUUCUUUCCCUGUUAUAAAGUAUAUCACUUAAGGUCUGGGACUGUUUUUUUUGUGUGUGUGCACUUAGCACAUGUUUGGCACAUAGCAAGCAUUUAAUAAAUGCAUUACCUUCAUUCAUUCAACUAAGCUUUUCAUUCAGUUAAUGCCUACUUGGAAUGUUUACUUCUACUUUGAUGAAUCAAUGAAAAGACAUUUAUUAAGUGAUUACUCUCUUCCCAAUACCACACUAAUCACUA